UCUGCUUUUCUGCAACACACCCUCAAACCCAAACCAUCAUCAUGUUCCUCCUGUUCCUGCUUUGCACUCAGGGGAAGGAAGGAUGAGUGGACCCUUUACCUUCUUCACUCCCCUCGUUUUCUGCAUCUCAUACACUCUUCGAGGUGAGGGGUGAGUGAGGCUUCUCUGCCACUAUUAUCUUCUCUGAUAAUUCUGUCAUUUUCUCUGCUUUUUAUAUUUUGCCAUUAAGAAGGGUAUGUUAUGUACUCUUUAAUUAAAUGUGAUUCUGCACCUCUUAGCCGCCCAAUUGUCCUAUACAUAUACAUAUAUCCAUGCAUUUAUACCUCUCAGUCUCACCUGAUUCAUCCCUUUCCUUCUCCAACACUCACUCUUCUCUCUCACACUCUCAAACUCACUCCCCUUUGAAUUGUUAUGAUGAUUGAUGAGUAGACCCUCUAGUUUAAUCAUCAGUUUGUGCAAAUAUUGUUCUGAAAUGCUAAUGAGGUGGUGAGUGAAGAUGGGGAAAGCACCCUGCUGUGAGAAACAUGGAGUUAAAAGGGGAGCUUGGACUCCUGAAGAAGACCUAGCCUUAGUUGACUACAUCAACAAGCAUGGCCAUGGAAGUUGGCGUACACUCCCCAAGCAUGCAGGUCUCCUACGAUGUGGAAAGAGCUGUCGGCUUCGGUGGAUAAACUAUCUUCGGCCUGGCAUCAAGCGCGGCCCAUUUACUAAUGAAGAAGAAAGUACUAUUAUUCAACUUCAUGGCAUGCUUGGUAACAGGUGGGCUGCUAUAGCAUCCCAACUACCUGGAAGAACAGACAAUGAGAUUAAGAACUAUUGGAACACCCAUCUAAAGAAGCGCCUCCUUCGGUCAUGUCAUUCCCUAGGGCCAAAACAGCCAUGUGUCAUUCCUGAUCAAAGGAUUUUCAAGUCUGAAUCACUUUCUACGCGUCACAUGGUACAAUGGGAAAGUGCCAGAGUUGAGGCAGAGGCAAGGUUGUCACUGGAAUCCUCAUUGCUUAAUUCAUGGUCAACGAGUAAAACAUGCCCUGAUUACUUUCUUCAACUUUGGCAUUCUGAGGUUGGACAGUCAUUUCGCUUGAUCAAAGGAAAUGAAGGAGUAGUGUGUCAAAGCCCUCUCUCACAAGUAUCAUCAUCAUCAUCAAAAUUGGAGUCAUUUUCAGAUGUCUCAUUGCAGGUGAAAAACACUGUGACUAGUAGCUCCAAACCAAAGUUUGAAGAUGACAACAUGAUCCAAGAACAAUCAAGUAGCUACAAACCAAAGCUCGAUUAUGACACAGCUGGGUCAGAGUCAGGCAAUUAUGAAUUUCUUGAUACUUCUGAUUCUGCUCUAAAGCACCUGCUAGACAUGUCUGAUAGCGAUAUAGGAUUCUUGGCACAAACCGACAAUUUCCUGAAUCUCCUUGAUGGUAGAUGUGACUAAGAUAGUCUACUCCAUAUUUCCACUUGGAAAGGCAAUACUCUGCCUUUUAUGAUUUCUUCAUUUUUGUAAAUGCAGUUACCGUGUAGCUGGUUUCCAGCAGUGCGUUGUCCAUGUUGCUAGUUGGUAGUUGGUUUAGAGGGGGAAAGGGUAGAUAGAGGAAUUAGCUGCUAGAGUUCAAGUUUACCAACCACUUCAUGGCUGUAGCCAGCCAAUAGUUAAAUUAGUGGAUUUAGAGAUGAUGAUAUUGUUCAUGUCGUUCAACAACUGCUGCUUAUGUGUAUAUAUGGUUCCGAGCUAUUGAUGAUGUGUUAUUUGAUUCACAAAAGUACAGGGCUUAAAUAUAUCAAAUGAAUAGGAGUUAUACUGUUGACAUGCCAAUAAUGAACAAGAGAAAACAGCUUGAACUUCGAAUCAUCGGAUCAACUUUCUGUAAUGCUGAGACAAAAUAAAGAGACUGCAAAAUAAAAGAUUAAAGAAUUUUACACUAUUUAAAUAAUUACUUGACAUAUUAUUAAAAGAGUUUGACUUUUUAUUUAGUUAUUAUUAGGAAGCUCAUUU